AUGUCUGACGAAACCGAGAAGCCCACCCAGCCCGAAGCGUCCAAUGUGACUGACACCCCUGACGUCAAGGAGGUGGUGGAUAAGAUAGCGGAUGCCGCACCCAGGGCGGAUCCGAGGGACCUGGACAGGACCGACUUGCUUGCAGGCGUCAAGAAAGUGGACCAAACGAUUCUGAGGCUGAACAAGUACGUCAGACUCCUAGCUUCCCCAGGCGGCCUCUCCGCAUUCCUCUCCACAUUCAACUACUCCCUCUAUAUCCUCGCCUACGUGCAGACCAAAUCGCCGUCCAUUUCCAGCUUCGCGACACGGCUCCUCACGCUGAUCCGCCCCGCUUGCGACGAUGCAAAGAUCUCCGCCGCAACCCUGUUGAACAACGGCACGGUGCCGCCCAUCGCUGCGCUCGCCGUCCUCAUCUCGAAAGCGCGCACAACGCUGAGGCUGUUUGGUCUCUUCCCGCUGUACGCCUGGUUGCGCUCGCUAGCCUCAGGCCCCAAAGCCGGCACAGAUGUCGUGCUGCACCGCAUCGCCAUGCUGCAGGCGAGCAGCUACUUCUCCUACCAAGCCCUAGAGAACAUCUCCCUCCUCGCCGACUCGGGCGUCAUCUCGCCCCGCUUCAUCUCUACCCUCAACCGCGGCGAUUCGACGACUGCGCGUUUAUACCUGUAUGCCUACCGCUGUUGGCUAGGCGGCGUGUCGUGCGACUUCCUCCGCUUGAUGCGCGAGUGGCAGCUCGAGGGCCGCAGGAGGGUGACUAGGCAACAGAUGGUUGCCGAUGGCCGCGCGAUUGCGGAAUAUCAGGACGAAGAGGACAAGAAGUUUGACAACAGGUGGUGGACCGAUUUUGUUAUCGCAAGCGCGUGGUUGCCCAUGGCGCUGCACUUCAGCAGCACGACUGGAGGCUUGCCAGGCUGGAAUCUGGGAUGGAUGGGUGCCUGUGGUUUGGUGGCUGGAAGUACGAGGUUCAAGGCGCUCUGGGCAAGUACAGCCUAG